AUGGGAACAGGCUCACUUUCGUUUCCAUAUUUGUUGGGACAACGUUCUAAGAUGAACAACUAUACUGGACAAUAUGGAUACAUGUUUCCGAUGCAACCAAACUAUGCUUGGGGUCCGAACCAAGCGCACACACCUGUUCAAGAGCCACAAUAUACCUAUGGUUAUGACUCGAAUAACCAUCAGCCCCCUCCGUACACUGACUAUAUGGGACCUCAGGCACAAGAUUAUGAAUCGCCCGUAAAUGAUUUUAAUGGUCAGUAUGGAUGUUCCACAAAUUCCACACCUACCCAACCUGGCUAUAGUGCUCAAUGGGGUGGGAGUCAAUUUCAAACUCCAUCACACGAUUCAAGUUAUUGGUAUCAUUCUCGUGAGCCACCAACUAAUAGUCAACCACGAUAUCAACCUCCUCCGUCUACACCUAUACUUGAACAAAAUCGAAAACCUAAACUACGAAUAUACUGUAAAUACUGUGAUGUAGCAUUCACGGAUGAGAAUACUUAUUCCAUACAUUUGGAUACUGAAAGACACAUCCGUAAUUUUAAACGUAGCUUUAAUACAACUGAGGAUAGAAGGGGUAAAGGAAAGUCUAGAAGUGACUAUCGCAGAAAUAAUAACAAAAACAGAAAACCUAAUUUCUACUGUGAGGAUUGCAAACGAUCAUUUCAAAGAAAAGAACAAUACCGUGAUCAUAUCACAGCAGAAGGACAUAUGAAAAAGUCUGAUCGUAACAAAAAUGAAUCAGACGAAGGAGAAUCUAAAAAGGCUCCAAGACGUACAGAUUAUUGUGAUGUAUGUGAACAAACAUUUCAAAAUGGUCGUCACUUUUAUGCUCAUCUAAAGUGGAAAAAGCAUAAACGUCUUUGUAGAGUUGCUAGACUUUUAAGAGCACAACUGAAAAAGACACCGGAAGAAGUUGCUAAUGAUCCAUUGGGUUCAUUCACAUUAUAUAUGAAUAAAGGUAAGUCCCUUAUCCUCGAAAAUAGUAAGUUUUUGUUUUUUAAGGAGCAAACUAUUACUGUUUUUAUUGAAUGUCGUGCAUGUUCGUUGCUUAAGACUAACUUAAGAUCUAAUUUAACCAUUUCUCAUAUACUUGUUCAGUCUGUAAGUAUUACUGUAAAUGUUACACUAGUCUACACAGUAUUGAAUUCAGUUACACAGCCUUACUGUAGAAUCUCACCAUUCGAUGUCUGUUGACUUUUAUUUUAUUGGAUCACUUCAAGUUGUUUGCCAUCGAAUUUCAUUCGAAAUCCUUUCAGCCACCGUGUGAUUCAAAUCUACAAACUAUGCCUCAGAGACAAUUUUGUGGCCUGUAAGCAUAUCAGACUAAUAUAAAAUUUCCAGUAUUGGCAUUUUUCACGUUUUCUUUUUAUGAACUGAUAAAUAUCCGUAAAAAAGAUGACUGUAAUAUUUGAUUUAACUCUUAUUCUCAAAUAUUUGAAAAAAAUCAUCUGACGUGCAGAGUUUGUCCGUGUAGUAAAAUCAGUUUAUGUCGUUACUCUUAGUUUGUUCAUAAACUUUGUUGAUCAUUAUGUUAUUGCAGUCAGUCAUUUAUCCUAAAUUUUUGAUUUUAAAUUUCUUCCAGACUGCUCUGUUCCAUAUGGGAACUAUGGAGACUGUAAGGAAGUCGAAUUGGAUGCUGGAAAUGCAUUUUUGCAAAAAUUCCUCGACUUGAAACAUUUAAUCUCUCAAGAACCAAAUCCAGUUGGCGAGGAAUUUAUUCAGGAGGUAGGUUGAAUGUGAAAAACAUUCACCGAAAACUUUGAUUCUUGACUGCCUCACUGAAUAUCCUGGGUUACUUGAGAUGAUAAUGAUAAUAAUCAUAAUAAUUGACCAAACGUCUAAAACCUUUUGAUCAGUUAUCGUGGGCUACUACAAAACCUUUACAGAGUUGCUUCAAAGUGACUUGCAUUGUCUAGCUUGUAAUCAUUACAUCCACACACACAGAGAUAGACUUUAUAGUUAGUUGUAAAACCUACCAAUCUUACCAACUUUUCUUAUUUAUUAUUAGAGAAUCUUUGGUCAUCCGCGCAUUUAUGUGUUGGAUUAAUGUGUCCUUCCAUUCAACAACAGAGAAAAAGCGUUAAUCUGUGUAAAAGUAAUGUUAUUUUAAAAAAUAUACAUAUAUAAAUGUAUAGUAACAUAGAAACUUAGUAUCAUUUACAAAUAUUAACAUUCUGUAUCGAUAAAACAUUGGAUCAGUUCAUGUACAUGUGAAGGUGUGUGUGGCUGUCAAAAUGUUAAACUCCUCUCUGUCUCUCUCUCCCUCUCUCUUUCUUCAUGAGAUUGUGGUGUAAGUAACAAUUUAUGCACAGACAACUUUGAAUAUUCAGGUAAGUCACCUUUUUCAGAAAGAAAAAAAUUAGCAAAUAAAAGUUUUUACUUAGUAUUUUUGUUUUAACAACAGAGUCUUCCAAAGUUGCAGUCCCAUUCUCCUUUUCUUUAAGAUUAAAAAUCUAGUCAUUAAAAACAAACAAAUCAGUAUAAUUAUAUGAAUAGCGAAAACGUUCAGUCAUUAGCAUGGGUUUUAAAAAUCACUAUCCCUAACAAAAUAAAACUCAAUUCAUCAUAGCUAAAGUGUUUAUUUGUUAGUUUGUGGGAUAAUGCAAUUGUUUCUUUUGUAAUCAUUUGUAUUUCAUAAAGAAGAUAAACCUCAAUUAAGUCGUCAGCAUAAAAAUGUUUCUUGAUUCAUUCAAUAUAUUACUUACUUACGCCUGUUACUCCCAAUGGAGCAUAGGCCGCCGACCAGUAUUCUCCAACCCACUCUGUCCUGGGCCUUCCUUUCUAGUUCUAUCCAACAUUUGUUCAUUCUUCUCAUGUCUGUCUCUAUUUCUCGGCGUAAUGUGUUCUUUAGUAUUCCUCUUCUCCUUUGGCCUUCAGGAUUCCAUGUGAGGGCUUGUCUUGUGACGCAGUUGGGUGAUUUCCUCAAAGAGUGUCCUAUCCACUUCUAGCUCAUCUUCCUGAUUUCUCCCUCCGUUGGAAUCUGUGUAGACAACUGUUGAUAAGCACUUGUAUCUUCUGGAUGAUGGCUUUCGUAGUUCUCCACGUCUCCGCCCCAUACAGUAGAACUGUAUUUAUUAUUUAUUUAUUUAAACACAUAAAUAUUGGUACAAAAAAGCACCACAUAAAUAUGCGUCCCACAAAUCUCAUUCGAUUUGUGUGAGGGCUGUGAUACUGCCCAGGUGCCCAGACUGAAGCAGGUGGUUUUCUUAGGGGCCCACACCCAGAGCCUUUGACCUAAAAGUCUGAUCCACAAGGCAGUGGAGCAUCGUGAGGAGAUGCAGUCCCAUGGUAGCCGGUGAUCAAUGAUUGAUUCGUACGCCAUUUGUUCCCUCAGGAUACUGGAGCCCAUGUGCGCCAUUGGUUUGGAAUGAGGGUUUUCCAACUCCCCUAGGUGGAUCCUCCACAUCCACCAACCCGGUUAAAGCGCCAGACAUUCGCUUUUCGUCCUCUCAAUUUCGUAAACAACACUCGUGGUGCGAGAAGGGAGUGAGUAGGACUUCCCUGGCAGAGGCUAUAUACGUUUGGCCUUGUGAUAGCAUUUCGAGAGGGAGAGCAGUCUCUCCCCACUCUCGGCCGUACCAGGGCACAGUAGAACUGUCUUGACAUUUCUAUUGAAAAUUCUAACCUUGGUGUUGGUUGACAAUUGUUUCGAGUUCCACAUAUUAUUCAGUCGUAAAUAUGCUGCUCUUGCUUUGCCGAUUCUCACCCUCACAUCUGCAUGAGAUCGACCGUAUUUAUUAAUGAUGCUGCCCAGAUAUGUAAAGGUUUCCACAUUCUUCAAAGUUUCUCCGUCAAGUGUAGUUUGAUUGGUGCAUGCUGUGUUGCAUCAAACAAUUUUGCUUUUCCCUUUGUUUAUAUUGAGACCUGAUGCUGCUACACUGAUCGUUUUCUCCUGCAUUUGUUGUUGCGUGUGUGAUAGAAGAGCCAGAUCAUCUGCGAAGUCUAGAUCGUCCAGCUGCAUCCCAGCUGUCCACUGUAUCCCGUGCUUUCCUCUAGAUGUUGACGUCUUCAUGAUCCAGUCGAUCACUAGGAGAAAGAGAAAGUGUGAAUGUAAGCAAUCUUGCCUAACACCGAUUUUUACCUCGAAUGAGUCGGUGAGUUGUCCUCGAUGGACGAUUUGGCAGUUCCGUAUGAUAUGGUCAUUCAAUAUAUAUUUUUCAUUAUUAAUUUCUAGCUUAUAUUCUGUUCAAUUCUUCUAAGUAGUAUUCGUAGUAAUAUAAUGAACGAAAACUCGUGUGGAAGACUGAUUUAUUGUUUAAUGCAUAAUUAUUCACUGCCUUCGUAAAAUAUGAAAACUAUACACUAAAUACAUUAUUUGCAUAUCUUCGUUCAGUCUUCCUUUACGUACUUUAUAAUAUUCUUAAUUCUGUUGUUAUUACAAUUAUUAUUUGUUUACGUUUCUGUUCUCUUCAAUUCAAUCUUCUGCAAGCAUUCCACUUCUGAUUGGUGUUACAUAUUACUUAAUAAUGAUUUUUUUCUUAUUGAAGGAAUUAUCUUUGGUCUGAUUUUUACCUAAAACCUAACACCAUGCUACUGUAUCCAUUAGAGUAUUCGCUUUCAGUAAUUUCUGUAGGAAUAAUCAACUGUAUAUGGUUAUGCUUACGUCUCUGUAGAAGAUAAUUGCUCCACAUCUUUUGUACCACUGUUAAUAAAUAGAUUUGUAUCCCCCUACCCCACCCCCACAACCUAUUGCUUAUCUCCUAUUCUUUUUAGCAAGUAUACAAUACCAGAGAUUUGGAAUAUAGCUGUUCACUUUGUAAAGCGGAUUUAGUUGGAGCUGAUGAUAUAGAAAAUCAUCUACGUACUCUUACACAUCAAAAGAAAUAUAAAGAGAAAUUUAACUUGGAGGAAUUUGCAUUUGAAGAAGAAAUGAGAUUGUCUGCAUCUGAUUCGGUUUUUGCUGUAUGGAAAACAUGUCAAUCCAGAGCUAGUAAAGAAUUAGCAAGAAUUAUCGGAGAAAAAGGUUUUCAUCUAUGUGUUUGUGGUUUCCGUAUUACUUGCUAUGAUGAUAUGCGAAAACACUUUCCAAUUAAAUAUUAUGAUAUUCAUCCACGAAUUCGUUCAUGGAAGAAAAGUUUGGAAAAAUGUAUUCGAUCUCGUGCUGAUCGUCAUAGGAUUGACUAUAGAGAUUGUUACGUAAGUUAUCAAUGACAAGCAUUAUUCUUACUAUUAUUAUUAUUGUUAUUAGCUUUACUCACCAUUAUAUUUUUUGGUACAACAUAGAAUUCUCAGCACAAAGUAUUUCAACAAGUUCCCAUUUCUUACUUGGUCGAUCCUGACGACAAACAUUGAGGGGUUGCCAGCUAUAAGUUAGCAGUCCAGGAAUCAGCAUCGAAAUAAUGUACAUUCUUUUCGCUUCACGUUUCCGGCAACCGCGUUAUCUCUGACCGGGCUUGUUUUGCAGCUUGUACAGAGGAAGGUUGUUAUAAGUUUUGUUGAUUGAAUGCUAUACUCGGGUCCUAAGCUAUUCUCGUGAUCCCCAAGCUAAAUCUACACAGCAACUUGAACACGAACGAAAAGGCGCAAAAUAUGCGAGAAGUACUUUACUCCAAAGGUUCAUUUAUGUAUAGAAAAUAUAGAGUUUUUAUAGUAUUUUAAAAGUCCUUGUGUUUUCCUGAACAUUCUAGAAUGUUACUAAACGUAGUAGCAGUGUAGUAAUCAGUCAAUCAGAAACUCUACAUGUGACUUGUUACAAAUUGCGUGAUUUUUCUUGAUAAAGAUUUUGAGUACAUUAUACAGUUUUCAAUAACAAAAGGAUAUAUUUCUCAUUAGAGAGGUCAUCAAUAAAUAAAUACUAUGUUAUGCUAUAAAAAUAUCAAGAUAAGCAUCGAAUGAGUAUUAAUUGUAGCGUUGAUCGAAAGAAAAAAAUCGAUGUCUCUAUAUUCAAUGAACGACAAUUGUUCUCCCUGAAUAACAUCAUGAUUGUGUUUAGAGAAACUGAUAUUUCUCGCAUUUGUGUUCAUUUCAUAUAACUUAUAUCUAGGUUAGUAUAAAGAUUAUUUCAUUAUUCAGUUAGAAUAAAUUUUCCAUUUGUUGUUUUCUGAGAUCACAUUUUCUCAGUGGUUUACACAAUACUUCUAACGGUUGAUAAAAUGCUGUCUACCUUUUCAGACUAUUCUAACUUUAUUUGGACUCCCCAGUCACGUUAUUGAUAUGAAAAGAGAACAUGCUUUAGAAACUGCCAAAGCUAAAUUGUUAGAAGACUCUACAAAAGAAGAGUCUGCAACGGAUGCUCGUAAAGAUGGUGAAGAAGAUGAUGAGGAAGAAAAUGACGAUGAAGAAGAGGAAGAGGAAGAAGAACGAAAGUCAGUCAAAGAAGAUGAACAUCCUAAAAACUCUACAUCAAAUACAGAGUGUGUUGGGGAUGCACAUGCGGAAUCGUCGUAGGAUAUCUUCUCGUUAAAUGUUAUACAUUGGUUGUAAAAUUCAUUAAAAUGGUUAUUUGGAGAACAAAUUUCGUUCUCGCUUUUAUCAGUGCUAUGUAAGACAAUGACCGGUCUUAUUUUUGCUCGUUUUGUCUAUUAAAUGUUUUCAUUUCACUUACUCUUUCGUCAAACACUAUCAUCUUGUCUCAUUUUUUCGAUGCAUAAAUAAUAUCCUUUUUAAUGCAUCAUCAAAUCUACAUUUCUAAAUUACUCCCGUUUUUGUUUUUAUGCAUUUGUCAUACGUUUAAGAGUAGGUUGUCUUUUUUUCUUACUUAAUUGGGAUUGUUUGAAUUUAUCCAAUCGCAUUUGAUAUGUACCAAUUUUCCAAUGCUUUCAAAACCUUAGUAGUGUGACCAUGCCCAUAAGUUCCUGCAGCAUCCAUUUUCUGUUGUUAUUAUUAAUAUCACUUAUGCACGCUACUCUUGCUAUUUCAGUUUUACUAGGGUUAGUCAAGUUAUAUCUUCGGAUCUUCUAUGCUUCUUGGUGGUCAUCAUACCUAUAAGUAGGUCAUAUCUUUAAGAUUUAAGAAAUUCCUACACAUCGAAUCAGAACAAGAUUGUCCUCAAGUAGUACACUUGUCAUUGCACUAUCGAUUUGUACUUUCUACUCAUUCUUAUUUAGUCCAUUCCACUGACGCAUAAACUACUGUGAUUGGUUUACAAAUGUUAUCGUAUAUGAAAGCCUGAUGAGUCUUAAUAAAGACAAUAUCCGCUCAUGUAUGUUGUUCUAAUUCAUAACUGCUUGAAAAUUCUAAAAAAAUUAUCCGAAGUCAAGUGUCUUCUGCAGGUUCGCUUAUUUUUGACUUCACCAAUUGAUCGCAAGCCGGAUACUAUUUCUGUCUACUGAAUUCAUCCUCAAUGUAAAGCGAAUUUCAAGCUUUAAUUGCUUCGACAAUAACCAAAGUUAAUAAACCCAUUUGGGCUAUCCUGUUGCUUGUUUACUGGGCACUAGUUGUACAUUCGUCACCUGGUUAGGAUGCAACGCGUGGCUGCUACUGAUUGAAAAACCGUCUAGCUUAGUAGUGUAUUUGUCAUAUAUUCCUUUUACAUGGUUAGAUUCGUGGUGUAUUGGAUGCACUGCAAGAAAAUCACAAAUCUAAGAGAUUUAACUUCCUUGCUUAUCAGUCGAGAUGUGUUCACGUCACCAGUGACUCGAAUGGUUCCUUUUUGCUAAACAAAAUAUAUAACCGGGUUAUGCAUCGUAGUGUCCAGUACGAUGUAAAGCUCAUAGGGUUAUUCUAGCUCCCGGACAGAUACAUUUAUUGAUUAUUCAUGAGUCCCAUUUUGACUUGAUAAAUUAUUAGCUCAUCAGCAUUGGCUUUUUAUGUAAGCGAAUGUGUGUAAAUCGCUCACCAUAUUUAGCUUAUUUCUGUUUGACUAUAUCGAGUCACGCAUGGUCAAAUUGAGUUUACUCAUUCGGCUUCACUGCAUCUCGCUUUCAUUCUUGCAUAUUCUGAAUCUCUAUCGGCUUAAAUGAAUGUUGAAAUAAAUUCCUCAACAACAUCCGUGUUUGGCUUCUUAUUACAGUCGUCAUACAAACGGAGUUAGCCUAGGUGAUAUACGGGGUUAAGUGGGAGGUCUAUGUUAAUACGUUCAUUUGAACUGGAGCAAGGUCAGUCAACACCUCAACAUUUUGCUCGGUAAGAUAAGAGUGUUUUAAUAUCACCGAUAUACCGUAGCUCUCACUUGAACAUUAAAUAUCUGUGCUUUGUCUCCAUUUUAUUCAGACAUGAUCUUCCGAACGCUCGUCAUUCCUGCCGUUGUUGUUCAAGGGUAGUUGGCCCUUACAUUUCGUAUUUGUAAACGUAGCUCCACCCAAUAUCUAAUCCCGAUUUUUUUAUUUUUCAACUCAGGUAACUGAAGCAUGAACACCCUUAUAAAAUCCGAUUACUGGUAAAGUAGAGUGGGUGGGUUUAUUACACCUAAGAAUGACGUGUUGAUCACCGUGUAAAACAGUGAUUGACUAUCGCCAUUGCAAAUAGACUGGUGGAGGUAACUCUACGUCUUUAGACGGGUACCAUUGCGACAAUAUUUGUAGACUGAUUAUCAGCUUUCUAAAAUAUCUGAAUAUCGUGGUUCACCGAAGCGAUAGUCUCUAUCAAUUUUUUUCUUAUACAUAUGAAACCAUAGCAGAUAUGCAUUCGGGCAUGUAUGUUCGAUCUGUAGUCGCCAUUCACUGGAGAUUAACAAGAAUGACACUGCAGCUUAACUUGGAUGAUCCUGAGUCGAGAUCAAACUAUGGAUUGGUCUCUUUGUUUCCCUCACCUCUACCUAGGCUUUACUGCUUCCUUAGCAAACUUAAAGUAUGGAUAGAUUCAUCAGAUCGGUAAUUUGUUCACAUAUUUACGAUGUGUAUGAUAAGCAACCUAUUUCUCUGAUAACUCGGUUCCAUUGAACCUACUGACAAGUGAUCAAUGAAUUCUAGUAAACUAUUCAAUAUCCAACGAUUUGUUUUUCUUGUUAGGGCACGCCUGACUUUUUAGAUAAUGUUUUAGAACUCUCUAUCGCUACAGGCGCUGAACAAAUAAGGCAGCUGGGUUAAACAUAUCUGUAUUUGUCAUAAAAAGAGAAUACUUCUGAUGGCAAAGUAAUCUAAAAUCUAGUAAUUUUCUAAACUACUAUGGGUUACACUCUCCAUUAAUUUCAAUCUAUGGGUAAGUUAUCAUUGAACUGCUUACAUGGAAGCUUAGCACGUCUAAUGCUGUGAAUAGUACUUGUUUCACGAACGAAAGACUCUUGUUAAACUAUUGAUCUGUAAGUGUGACUAGUUCAGUCUGCGAUCCAUUAUCUUUGUGGUUAGUUAGUUUAAUCUAGCUAGAUCAUUACCGUUCACGUUUUGGCACUAAUCCAUGGUUCUAAGACUUACAAUUAUAAAACGUACCCUGUACGUUUCUUACACACUAGCUUGUGGUAUAACUAACACAGCACAGUGAUGAUGCUCAGCCGCAUAGGUACUAAGAUCCCUGAUCAAUAAUCGAACUGAUCAUAUAGAAGCACGUGGUGCACUGUCUACAGAGCAACAACUGUUUGGUAAUGACCAUUAAAUCUUGGUGACCUUCCUAAUGUGAUAGAGGACCAGUCGGCAGCUGAAGAUAGCGCUUUUCUCGUUGACUUAACACUUACAAACUUGAGUAAAGAAGUGGAGGAAAUGUCUCAUGCAGUAAUUAUUCAGACACAUUUUAACCUAAUGAUUUUUGUAAUGGUAUAAAUUUGGGUUGCAGACUUUCUAUCCGUUUGAAUACAAAAAUAGGCUAAGCUUUUUGCUACCUGGAUGGAACCCUGUGAGAAGUGAUGUACAGUAAAUUAUGAUAUUACAAUCUGUUGAAAAAAAAAUAAUUGCAAUGCCUACGUGCGAUGGUCGAAAUAUCGAUGAUGUUCUGAGAGUACUCUAACUGUCCGUUUGUCAAUGAACUAAAUACAGGAACGGACAAUUUAUAAAAAUCAUGAUAAUAAUAAUUCUCAAUAGACGUAAGUUACAUGAUGCAUGAAAAUUCACUGACAAGAUCAGAUUGCCAUAAAUGUUAUGAAAUUUACUACGUCAAACUACUAUAACCAUUUUCUUUGGCUUGUUAUAACAAAAGUUUUACUGUUGAAGAGAGAUUUUGGUAUAUAAAGUCUGUUGUUGGAUCAAGGUUAAACUGUACAGUUUAGAAGAUGGAGGGCCAUAUAAACUCCUGUGUUGCAAGGCAAAAGUGUUGGUAGCAAAUACUUUAUGCGACAUACAUCGUAUAAAACCAACGGGAUUUCGUAUAUAUUUUGGUAUUUGUUUGUUACUGAUCUCUAGGUAGUCGCUAUACAGGACUUAUUGUAGAAGGAACUUCGGAAGUACGGAGUAAGGUGUGAUUUGAAGUCAUGUUCUUGAUAGGUAACUUAGAUAUUAAAUUACGAUAAUGUAUUCAAUGUUUACAGAUGUGACAUUCUGAGCACUUUUUUCUUUCAUUUUGAUUAUUCGCAUGGAGUUGAAGGGAGCACUGUCGUCAUUUCUUGUGAAGUUGGGUUGAUCGAAGCUGGUGCCAAUACCAACGAUUUCUGGAGGUACAACAGCUCAGGUAUAUGAUUGUUGGGGAUGUACAACCAAAGUAAUAUCCUAUAUUUAGGUAUCGAGAAACUUUCCACAAUUCAGUUAGACUUGGGAGACCAGGAUCACUGAGUUCAGCAUCCAGCUUGUAGUCAAUCGUUAUCGAAUUAUGUCUAAACAACUAACGAAAUUGAAAAAAGCCAAAUGUCUGAGGUUCUCAAUAGUAUCAGUAUGAAACCACUGGCCGUUAAUUUACUAUCCGUUUAGAGUCACUUUUAAUAAACUGUUGGACU